ACCUCAAACUCGAAACCGAAACAAGCAUCAUCUCACUACCCUUAAUAUUGCUCACAGAAAUAAUCCAUUUCUGAUAGUUACGUACAUUUUCUGGCAGCCAAAAAUUCCAACAUAACAUUGAAUGCAUGGCUUCAAAAGGGUUGGAAAUGGGUCUAGUCCUGGUCCUAGUUGUUAAUGUUGCCAUGCUGUGGAGCGGAGCCAUGGCACAGUCAAGUUGCUCAAAUGUGCUCACGAAUCUAGCCCCAUGCCUGAACUACAUAACAGGAAACUCAUCCACCCCAUCAUCUUCUUGCUGCUCACAGCUCUCUAUUGUUGUUCAGUCAUCACCACAGUGCCUUUGCUCGGUCCUCAAUGGCGGUGCUUCCUCGCUGGGUAUUAACAUAAAUAGGACACUGGCUCUGUCAUUACCAAGUGCUUGUAACGUGAAAACUCCUCCCAUCAGCCGGUGUCAAGGAGCUACAAAUGGACCAACAACUUCAGGAACUCCCCCACUAAGUUCUCCAGGGAGUGGUGUUCCUUCAGAUUCUUCCAAUGAAACACCUGAAGGUGCUACCUCUCCAGCAUCGGAUAUUCCUUCAGGGUCAGGGUCAAAAACAAUUCCAUCGAUAGACGGGGGAAAAUCUGAUGGAAGCAGCAUUAAAGCGCCUCUUCAUUUGAUGCUCUCCCUGCUCUUCACUGUGUCUUGUGCUUCCACCAUUAUCACAUUCUGAGACAGUUUUGUCUUGAGUCUUCUAGCUAUAUAGGAAGAGUACUGCGGGCCUGUUCUUGUCUUCAAAUUAUGAUUCUUUGGUCCCUUCUUUUAUGCUGUUGAAGAUGGAGUUACUUGUAUUGUUAGAAUUGCAGGAGUGUGCUUGUUUUAUUUUAUUUUUAUUUUUUGCUAUUUAAUUCAAGAGGAGAGUGAGAAGAAUUUUGUUGUCUAUUUUUGAUUACUUUACUUUUAGAAAGCCAUUGAUUAGCUUAA